UGCUCUUCCUUAUUUGGAUAACGGGUUUGUGGAUUUCACGGAACAGAGCAGUCUCCUACUGAUAGACACAGAACUUUUGAAGACCAUGGGAACAUACGUAUGCUAAAACUGAGCUAAUUGGGAAAAUCCCAUUUGGAAGAAAAAAGAGAGCAAAGGCUAAAGUGAAAACAGCUGGGCUGUUGAAGGGAGUUGACCAGCUAAAACAGCGAGAGGCAGAGAAGAUAAGGCUGUGGCAACAGGGAGACAUUGAGAGGAAGCACAUGGUGUAAAAUGCCUACUAAUUUCACUGUGGUCCCUGUAAAAGACAGCGCAGAAAAGGCAAAGGAGAGGAUUGAAGAGGAAGAUGGGAAUGAAAGCAAUGAGUUGGAAGAGAACGAAGACGCUGCAGGUGACGGUGUCCCAAAAGAAAACAGCCCCUUCAUCAACAAUACAGACAAUGAUAAGAGCAGCAGCUAUGAUGGGACCAACAUGGCACUUUUUGAAGAGGAGAUGGACAGCAACCCCAUGGUGUCAUCACUUCUCAAUAAACUGGCAAACUACACCAAUCUCACCCAGGGAGCCCAGGAACAUGAGGAGGCCGAUGACGAUGAGAGCACCAAGAAGAAAGCUGUCAAGAGCCCUCAAAUGGGAACCUUCAUGGGCGUCUAUCUCCCCUGCCUCCAGAACAUUCUGGGGGUCAUCCUUUUUCUUCGCCUUACCUGGAUAGUCGGCACGGCCGGCAUCUUAGAAUCUCUGGCUAUUGUUGGCUUGUGCUGCUCAUGUACCAUGCUGACAGCCAUAUCCAUGAGUGCAAUUGCCACAAAUGGCGUUGUGCCAGCUGGAGGUUCCUACUAUAUGAUUUCCAGGUCUCUUGGCCCUGAGUUUGGUGGAGCUGUAGGUCUCUGUUUCUACCUGGGUACAACUUUUGCUGGCUCCAUGUACAUCCUGGGUACUAUAGAGAUUCUUUUGACCUACAUUGUGCCUAAGGCAGCCAUCUUUGUAGCAGAAAAGAAGGAGGAUGCAGUUGAUGCCCUCCUUAAUAACAUGCGUGUCUACGGCACGUGCUGCCUUAUACUGAUGUCCGUGGUUGUCUUUGUGGGAGUCAAAUAUGUCAACAAACUUGCUCUCGUCUUCCUGGCCUGUGUCAUUCUCUCCAUCCUUGCCAUCUACGCCGGGGUCAUCAAGACCAUCUUCGAGCCACCUGACUUCCCGGUUUGCAUGUUGGGAAACCGUACCCUGCAGAACCAGAACUUUGACAAGUGUCUUAAGAUGGACAUAUUCGAUAAUAUGACCACUACCACCCAGCUUUGGAAGCUGUUCUGUAACGGACCCGAGCUCAAUGCUACCUGCAACGAGUAUUUCCUCAACAACAACGUGACCGAGAUUCAAGGCAUUCCCGGACUUACCAGUGGCGUUAUUUCAGAAAAUAUGUGGUCAGAAUAUGGCCCUCUGGGUAUGUUGGUUGAAAGCAAGAAGUUGUUGUCUGUGGGAGGAAGAGAGCCCACCGAGGACAUCUACCUGCCCUAUGUCGUCAAUGAUAUUGCCUCCUUCUUUACACUGCUUGUCGGGAUCUACUUCCCUUCUGUCACUGGUAUCAUGGCUGGUUCUAAUCGAUCAGGUGAUUUGCGAGAUGCCCAAAGGUCCAUCCCAGUUGGAACCAUCCUGGCCAUCUUUACCACCUCUGUCAUCUAUUUCACCUGUGUCGUGCUAUUUGGUGCCUGUAUCGAGGGUGUUCUACUUCGAGACAAGUUUGGUGACUCUGUCAAAGGCAACCUUGUUAUUGGCACGCUGUCUUGGCCUUCACCUUGGGUCAUUGUGAUUGGCUCCUUCUUCUCUUGCUGUGGUGCGGGACUGCAGAGUUUGACCGGCGCCCCACGCCUGCUGCAAGCCAUCGCACGAGAUGGCAUAGUACCGUUCUUACAGGUAUUUGGGCACGGGAAAGCCAACGGAGAACCUACCUGGGCUCUCCUGUUGACCACUGGAAUUUGUGAGAUAGGAAUACUCAUUGCCUCUUUGGAUGCUGUAGCUCCGAUCCUCUCCAUGUUUUUCCUUAUGUGCUACUUGUUUGUCAACUUGGCCUGCGCAGUUCAGACUUUACUGCGAACACCAAACUGGAGACCACGCUUCAAAUAUUACCAUUGGGCUCUGUCUUUUCUGGGAAUGAGCUUGUGUCUGGCUCUCAUGUUCAUUUCGUCCUGGUAUUACGCCAUUGUUGCCAUGGCAAUUGCUGGCUGCAUCUACAAAUACAUUGAAUAUAGAGGGGCAGAGAAGGAAUGGGGUGACGGCAUCCGCGGCCUGUCACUAAAUGCAGCCCGCUUCGCCCUCAUUCGUCUUGAGGAGGCUCCCCCACACACCAAGAACUGGAGGCCUCAGUGUUUGGUGCUGCUGAACCUGGACUCAGACCAAGCGGUCAAGCAUCCUCGCCUGCUGUCGUUCACUUCUCAGCUGAAGGCAGGGAAAGGCCUAACCAUUGUGGGAAAUGUAUUGGAGGGAACUUUUCUCACCAAAGAGGCUGAGGCAAAGAAGGCAGAGCAGAACAUAAAGUCUUCCAUGACAGCAGAGCGGACCAAGGGUUUCUGCCAUGUUGUCGUUUCUUCCAACCUCAGAGAUGGAGUCUCUCAUCUUGUCCAGUCAGCCGGGCUGGGAGGCAUGAAGCAUAACACAGUCCUAAUGGCCUGGCCGGGAACCUGGAAGCAGUCCAAUGACCCACAGUCAUGGAGGAAUUUCAUAGAGACGGUGCGGGAGACCACAUCUGCCCACCAAGCCUUGCUUGUAGCUAAGAAUGUGGACAGCUUCCCUUCCAACCAAGACCGCCUUGGCGAGGGCACCAUCGAUGUGUGGUGGGUGGUUCAUGACGGAGGCCUGUUGAUGUUGCUGCCCUUCCUCCUGCGACAGCACAAGGUGUGGAGAAAGUGCAAGAUGCGCAUUUUCACUGUGGCCCAGAUGGAUGACAACAGCAUCCAGAUGAAAAAAGAUCUACAGACGUUCCUUUACCACCUGCGGCUGAACGCAGAGGUUGAAGUGGUGGAAAUGCAUGAUAAUGACAUCUCAGCCUUCACCUAUGAGAAGACUCUCGUGAUGGAGCAGAGGUCUCAGAUGCUGAAACAGAUGCAGCUUUCAAAGACUGAGAGGGAGCGAGAGAUUCAGAGUAUCACUGAUGAAUCACGUAACUCAAUCCGGAGGAAGAACCAAGGUGCUGCUGAGUGCACAAGUCUCAGUCGGCAGUCCUCUCCAACGGAGGACACGCAGGAGGAUGAGGCCCAACUCAUCCAUGACAGAAACACAGCCUCCCACGCCUCUAUGAACGACAAGUCCGAAACUGGCCCUGAGCAGGUUCACAUGACCUGGACCAAGGACAAGCUUUUCACGGAGCGUCAUCGUAACCGCGAGUGCAACUCCAACGUGGCCAUGAGAGACCUCUUCAACAUGAAGCCAGAGUGGGGGAACCUGAACCAGAGUAACGUUCGUCGCAUGCACACGGCCAUCAAAUUGAAUGAGGUGGUGGUCAACAAGUCGCAGGGAGCCCACCUCGUUCUGCUCAACAUGCCCGGACCGCCGAAGAACCGAGGAGGAGAUGAAAACUAUAUGGAAUUCCUCGAGGUUUUGCUCGAGGGUCUGAACCGAGUACUACUUGUCCGAGGCGGUGGACGGGAAGUUAUCACCAUCUAUUCUUAAGGGGAGAGAAAAAAACAAGAAACUCCCACCCCAUUAUGCACAUUAUGGGCUGUCGCCUUGGAUACCAGUCACCUGGCAUUUAUUUUGAAGGGAGGGGGGACGCUUAAUUGGGUUCUUACUGAGAUGUGAUGGCGGAAUCACUAGUGAUUGAUGGGUAGUCAGCAGGACUUUCAGGCAGCAGGGGACAUGUUGCGGGCUUGUGAACGAGCGAGCGUGGCGCGCCCACGCUGGGCCGCCGUGCACCCACAAACAAACAGAAAUAGAGCAUAGACACUUUAUAUUUUUCAUUCAACUCUUGACGAGGUCAUUUUGUUUUUUCACCUUGUUUCCCUCGUUGUUGUCAUGAGGUCAACAUUCACUGUUGACUGAUGUUGAAGCUCUUAGUCUCUUUUACUCUGGGAGGCAUGAGAAGUUUGUCCCCCCCCAGUGAAGUGAAGCAUCGUGGGUAGUUGUUUUGCUACGGCUCUGUGAUUGGUCAUCCCCACCCUUUGCUGGCUUUUGUAAGCUAUUUAUCACACACAUGCGAACACACUCAUCUAGAUCACGUAGUAAUGGCCCGAAAAUGUAUUUACUUUAUGCAUUUAUCAUUUAUUCAAUGACAUCAACAUUGGCCUUCACUGUAAACGAAAGCACAUAUUGCAUCAUACACAGACUUUUGCACUAUCCAUAAUCUCACAAGUUUGCUAUGUAUGCUGUUAGGUCAUGUCAAAACUACAAAGCUACUAUUUACUGCUCAUAUACAUUUUUUUUAAAUAUAUAUUUUACCAGACGAAAAGGAUUCAAGCGUUGAGCACCAGAUUGAAUUCGCUGAAUUGUUUAGCUCAAUAGAUAGGAAGAGAAAGUGCCAAAAUAAUUUAAAAGGAAACUGUGGAAGUCUUAAUUUUGCCCCCCAAAAUUGAAAUAGAAUUAUCCAACAUAAAGAGCAACAGUUUCUUUCAUAUGCUGUUAUUCACAAAAUGCAAGUGUUUCAACUUUUAAAGCAAAAGAAAUAUCUCAGUCAUUUGUACCUCCGCAGUUUCUUCCGAUUAGCAGUAUUUUUUUAAGUGAUAACAGUUGUAUUUUCCUGCAGUUCUUUCCAGGAAAAUGUUAAAAUUGUGAGUCCAGUGGUUAUUAUCACAUUUUGUUGUGUUGUGUUUUUGUUCUGUUGUUGUCGUAUGCCUGUGUAAUGAUAUAGUCAUGGUCUCUGUAGGUGUUUUCUUACGUGAACUGAACUUCUGUUACUUUGUGUGUCUUGAUUUUUAUCAAAAGCGGAAGGAAGAGGAAGUAUGUGCAAAUGAAUACAGCUGUUUUAUAGUACAGCUACUUAUUUUUGUUUAACUUGCCACGAAUGCUACCUUCACAAUACAGCAGCAAACAGGGUAAAACAUAAUGACACUGUUACAGUCUUUCUUUGUCAUUUCUAGCCUCCCAAAAAAGAAAUAAACAUCGUCUAGUUUUAAGGAAUUAAAACCAAGCUGAUGGUAUUAAAGUUGAUUUUUAUUUUUAAUUCUAUUUCAAAUGUACUCAAAUAUAUCACUCACUUUGAGCAAAAAGAUGGUCCAAAGAGUUGAACGUGGUGCUGGAGGUGUGUUUCAGUGGGAGCAGGGAAGUGACUGGAGAAUGUUAUCUACCUCAAAGGUGUCAAGGAGGCUUGAAGACAUAGAAAAAAAUUAAAAUAACAAAAAAAAAACUUGUGGAAACACAUUGCAGUUUCACUCAGGAGGGAAAAGAGGAAGAGAAAAAAACAUUGGCUAUGUGAGGUGAGCGUCAAAGUUGUGUUUGUGUGUGUGCUCUGAGAGGUGAAGAAGCUAUUUGUGUUUCUGCUGUCGUCCUGCCCGACUGCUGGUGGGCCUCACUGGCUGGAACAGGAAGUCACUUUGUGGGAGCAAACGGAGAGACAGUAGCCCUGUAAAUGAUAUUUGUGCCUCUCUGAGUAACUAUUAAAAGUGCUGAAAUAAA